GUGAGAGCCACAGAGAGAGAGAGAAGAGAGAGAUGAGGAACGAAGAGAAAUCGAGGCCGGUGAGGAAGGCGUUGAGGGACGUGUCGAACAGCCACGGCGGCGGAAGAUCCUCGAUAUUCUCAACCACGGCGAAGAAGAAAGACAAGGAAUUGCAGAGGCCGAGGGUCGAACAAGAAGAACGCAAAGAAGAGGACCAAAACGAUGUCGUUUUGGAUCGCCUCUUGCUCGUUCAGUCCGAUCUAUCAGCCCUAAUUAAUCAGAUUGAUCAGCUAGUUGUGGAAGCGUUUAAAUGUAAAGCAGGAGCAAGCAAAGAAGUUGAAUCCUUCACACAUUUCUUAUCCGAAAUGCAUUCGUCUUUGAAGCCAUGGGUGCCCAGAUUUCAGAAGGCGCUCUCUGCUCCUGUGGAAACGGUGGUUGUGAGUGAAGUCGAAAGUGGUGAGAUUAAGAGUCCUGAAGUUGAGGGGAAAGAGAUUGAGAGCCUGGAAGAGUCUGAUUCAGAGUCGUUGAUCUCGCCUUCUCCCCUUGUUUCGUGGCGUGCUGACUGCACUAUCCAGAGAGGAAGACAGUUGUUUAUGCUUACGCCGCUUCCCAUAUCAAAGUCUCUGUCAUCCAAACCCCCAAUGCCUUCCAAACCUAUGGUGUUUGAGAGGGUUACAUCUAAUACUACAGAUAGGCGACCGUUUUUUGGUACUACUAGUGGUGAUGCAAAUGAUGAUUUGCCUGAAUUUGUAGCGAUAGAGCCGAUUCCCUCUAAGCCUUCUGAUUCAGUUACUACUGAGACAGGAGGAGUUGUUGAGUCUGGCUUUGUUUCUACACCAGUGUCGAAAAUUGGGGGCUCCAUGGUUCUGAAUUUGAUGACUCCAUGCUUAAAGUCUCCUCCUAAAUCUUGUGUCCUGCUUGAACCCAUUUCGGAAAAGGGACAUUACCGGGUUUGUAAUCGUAAAUCUACCCCAUAUCCUGCUGGAAUCAGAUAUUCUAGUGAUUCCUCUAGCAGUGAAACAUCUGACGACAUGGAUGCCUCACCAGAUUGGUGUAUGUCACCACCUAAAACUUGUGUUUUACUGGAGCCACGUGAUGAAAAAUCUUCAGAUGAAGUAGGUCAUCUUCAAGAUACACAACUGAAUGGGCCUCUUUUAAAAGAUAAUGAGGGUGUAGGAGGCAUUCAACAAAUCAAGACAGAGCCUGUAGGUGGUGGCAGAUGUGCCAUGGAAAGCACACCAAUCUGGAAACAAGCUGGAAGCGUAGUAGUUCACAAAGGCAAACAUCCUGGUGAGAAUACUUUAAAGAGGGAGUUGUGGAUUAAGUUUGAAGCAGCUUCUACAAAUGAGCUCAGUAUUGAUGACUCUGUAACUCAAAAAAGACUUCUUGACCUAUUGGAUGAGGCUUCAUGACAUUUCAAAGUAGUUGUUGUACAAUGUGGUUUUGAUAUAGCACAUGUAAUUUUGUAUUCCAACAGAGACCACCAGCAAAUGCAUGUGAUUUCCGGUGUACUUGAACUGGUUAAGAAAUUCUACUUUUUUGUAAGUCACUGUAGCUCAGUCUCUUGGUUAAUGAAUCAGCAUUUCCUUGA